AUGGAAGGAGGAGAAUUACCUGGGUUGUUGGUAAAUGACAUUGGUGGCACACAUGGGAUACUGCAAAGCCAUGUGACAUUCCUGAAGAAACAUUUCUCCCUCAUCACCAUGAAGGAAUUUCUUGAAAACAAAAAGCAGAUGAGUAAAAAGGUCCAAGCAAUGUAUCUGUGGUGGCACAAACCAGUUGUUGACCGAGAACUCCUCCAGAGCCUGCCAAACUUGAAAGUGAUUGCGAAUUCAGGAGUGGGGAUGGAUCAUCUUGAUCAGAAACUUAUAGCUAGCUUUGGUGUGAAGAUGGCUAAUUGUCCACGUGCUGUUUCCAGCAGCACUGCAGAUACUGGGAUGGCCUUGCUGCUAGCAUCUGCUAGAAGACUAGUGGAAGUCUAUCACAUUACAAUUUCUUCAAGUAUGGAGUACUGUGAAGCUGAUAUUCUGGGAGUUAAAGUUGCUGGAGCUACUCUGGGGAUCAUUGGCAUGGGCAGCAUUGGGUAUAAGAUUGCUCUGAGAGCCAAGGCAUUUGAAAUGAACAUUUUGUACCACAACAGAACACAGAGGAAAGCAGAAGAGGAGCAAGCUGUUGGUGCCACAUACUGCAAAACGAUAGACAGCUUGCUCCAGCAGGCAGAUUUUGUGAUGGUGGUGGUGAGCCUGACACCUCAGACACACAAGCUAAUUGGAAAAAGAGAACUGGAGCUGAUGAAACCCACAGCUACUCUCAUUAACAUCAGCCGAGGUGCAGUAGUUGACCAAGAGGCUCUGGUGACAGCUCUGCAGAGUGGUGUGAUCGGGGCUGCAGCGCUGGAUGUCACCUACCCAGAACCACUGCCCAGAGAUCAUCCAUUGUUAAAAUUAAAGAACGUCAUUAUAACACCUCACCUCGGCAUUAGAACAGACAAGGCCAUCUUCAUGAUAACAGAGGAAGCAGUUGAAAACAUACUAGCUGCUCUGAACGGCCUCCCUAUGCCCAGUGAAGUGCUUCCUAGAUGA